CAGCCGCGGGAGCAGACACCUGUCCCGCCGCGGCCGCCCAGAGCCGGAGUUGCGCCGCGACCGGCGACCGGCAGCGUCGGAGGCAGCGAGGGUGAGGAGAGCUGGGGAGGCAGCGGGGGUGAGGAGAGCCGGCGGAGACGAGGCCCGCGCUCCGGAGGAAGCCGAGCCCGGCUGAGGCCUCGGACUCCCAGCCCCGAGCUGCGCGGCACCAUGGCCCCGAAGCUGCUGCUCCUCCUCUGCUUGUUCUCAGGCUUGCACGCAAGGUCCAGAAAGGUGGAAGAGGAUGAAUCUGAAGAUUCAUUGUCAAACCAAAAGUGGGUCUUGGCUCCAAAAUCCCAGGACACCGACGUGACUCUUAUUCUCAACAAGUUGCUAAGAGAAUAUGAUAAAAAGCUGAGGCCGGAUAUUGGAAUAAAACCGACCGUAAUUGAUGUUGACAUUUAUGUUAACAGCAUUGGGCCUGUGUCAUCAAUAAACAUGGAAUACCAAAUUGAUAUAUUUUUUGCUCAGACCUGGACAGACAGUCGCCUUCGAUUCAACAGCACAAUGAAAAUUCUUACUCUGAACAGCAACAUGGUGGGGUUGAUAUGGAUUCCAGAUACGAUCUUCCGCAACUCCAAGACCGCAGAAGCUCACUGGAUUACCACACCCAACCAGCUCCUCAGGAUCUGGAAUGAUGGGAAAAUCCUUUACACGUUAAGGCUCACCAUCAACGCAGAGUGCCAGCUGCAGCUGCACAACUUCCCCAUGGACGAGCACUCCUGCCCGCUGAUAUUCUCCAGCUAUGGCUAUCCCAAAGAAGAAAUGAUUUAUAGAUGGAGAAAAAAUUCAGUUGAGGCGGCUGACCAGAAAUCGUGGCGACUCUAUCAGUUUGACUUCAUGGGCCUCAGAAACACCACAGAAAUCGUGACAACGUCUGCAGGUGAUUAUGUUGUCAUGACGAUAUAUUUUGAAUUGAGUAGAAGAAUGGGAUACUUCACUAUUCAGACAUACAUUCCUUGUAUACUGACUGUGGUUUUAUCCUGGGUGUCAUUCUGGAUCAAAAAAGAUGCUACACCAGCAAGAACAGCAUUGGGCAUCACCACAGUGCUGACCAUGACCACCCUAAGCACCAUUGCCAGGACGUCCCUGCCGCGAGUGUCCUAUGUGACCGCCAUGGACCUCUUUGUGACCGUGUGUUUCCUCUUUGUCUUCGCGGCUCUGAUGGAGUAUGCCACCCUCAACUACUACUCAAGCUGCAGAAAACCAGCGGCCACGAAGAAGAAGACAACAUCCUUAUUACCUCCAGACUCCUCCAGAUGGAUUCACGAGCGGAUAAGCCUGCAAGGACCCUCCUCGAACUAUUCUCUCCUGGAUAUGAGGCCACCACCACCUGCAAUGAUCACUUUAAACAAUUCCGUGUACUGGCAGGAAUUUGAAGACACCUGUGUCUAUGAGUGUCUGGAUGGCAAAGACUGUCAGAGCUUCUUCUGCUGCUACGAAGAAUGUAAAUCAGGAUCUUGGAGAAAAGGGCGUAUUCACAUAGACAUCUUGGAGCUGGACUCGUACUCCCGGGUCUUUUUCCCUACGUCGUUCCUGCUGUUUAACCUGGUCUAUUGGGUCGGAUACCUGUAUCUCUGAGUGCUGCUCCUAGUGUCACAGGAAGGGCAUUUGGUUCACAUUCUUGACCUUCCGUCACCCCAGUCCAGCAGUGACCAGUCGGGAGUAGCAAGGAAGGACACUGCUCAGUUUAUCUUAAGUUAUAAAUUACAUUUCAGCCACACAGGAAGUAUCUGGAUAUAUUUCUAUUAUGUAUUUCAUACACACACACACGCACACACAUAUUAAUUGAGUUCUAAAGUGAAAUUCUUGCUAAUUCCUUACUGAAUCUGUAGUCUGCUAAUGUUUAUGAAUGAUUUUUGGAUAUUGGAAAUAGCUGAUUAUCUUUGCAAAGAAAUCUAUAAAACAUGCAAGCCAAUAGCAGAGAUGCUCUCUCGGGCCCCACCCCUUACGUAUCUUUCCCUCCCAGCCCUCGGCAGGCACAGCACCCACGAGUCCUGCAUCACCCUGGCCCAGGCCACUCCUGCUGGCCUCCGCCCCUGCCUACUGGGCACUCAGCCUGGUAUGAACUGCAGUGAGUUUCCACCCCAGUUUCUUCUCUUUGUGGCCUCUUUUGCCCCAGCACCACUGCUGGUAGGCAGGACCCCUUCACCUAACAACCUCACCCCAGGCCUGGGAAGAGUGUACAUGCUUUGGCCACAAGUUUCCAUUUAAGGAUAAAUACAAUUUUCAAAAUGCUCAUGUUUCUGAGGUCAAAACUGUUGAUUAUCUCUGAAUAUCAGAAGGUCAUUACUUUAUUCCAAACUACUGAAAGUCAAUGGUAUUUGAACAUUGGGUUCUUGGACUAGUUCAACAACAUUUUACCUUAAGAGCUAUGUUUUACUAGACCGAGGCUCAACCCCAAGUAUGUGUCUAGCUUAUGUUAUUAUGGGUUCAGUAAUUGUCUUCAUCUUGCGAAGAAAGGUAUAUAGCACACACAAGCCUUUGUCUUGGAAACAUAUUCCAGAGUGUGAAAGAAAUGUAGAUAAAAUUUUAAAAACUCCUUAGUGAAUAUUAAUUUUCAACUCAAACCAACUUUAGAUGCAAAAAAAUGGGUAAUUGCUUUCAUCAAUUAUAUAUUUUGAUGAACAAGAAUUAUUUUAUACUUUGAAAUACAAUACAUAGCAAGAUCCCAAAGAAAAAA